CAAAUCCUGGAGUAUGAUGAAAAGCCGAGAAAAAAAAACCAGUGCCAGUCAUGAAUUCCUUGUCAUUUCUGUUAAAAUCUGGAUCGCGUGAGACCACAAUGCAAUCCAUUCUUUUAGUGUGGGCAACCAUUCCACAAGGUCCCCAUGGAGUGCCCACCAUCCUCAGCGAUAUCUCCAUAUAAAGAGAGGCUCGGACUCGGCUCAGAAAGACACUCAGAGCAGAAAAUCUCUUCCUAAACAAGCUUCCUUUGUCUAGAUUUUCGCAUAGACCUCCGAGGCAUAUUCAAAAAUGUCGUUCAACCCAAACGAUGUCGAUCUCGAUACUGCCGACCCAGUCGAUGUGAUCUGUUACUUGAAUGCCGCUGAGAACGAGUACAACGGACACCUGGGGGCGCGUAUCUCCGCCAUCUUCGUCAUCUUCAUCGUCUCGACCGCAGUUACCUUCUUUCCCGUGAUUGCCAAGCGCGUUCCUCGCCUGCACAUCCCCCUAUAUGUCUACCUCUUCGCUCGGUACUUCGGUGCAGGAGUCAUCAUCGCAACGGCCUUUAUCCACCUGCUCGACCCUGCUUAUGGCGAGAUCGGCCCGCAGACCUGCGUUGGCAUGACCGGUCACUGGGCGGAUUACUCAUGGUGCCCCGCCAUCGUCCUCAGUUCGCUCAUGUGCAUCUUCCUCCUCGACUUCGGCGCCGAGCGCUACGUCGAGGUCAAGUACGGCAUCUGCAGAGAGGAUCCCGAGCCCAUCAUGACCAGCGCCGCCGACAACAACUCUGUCACGAAGGAUGCCGCCACCAGCCGGCGCAAGAACGAGACCGACGCCGAGUCGCUUACCUCCAGCGAGGCCUGGAUCGAGAGAUCCUUCAAGCAACAGAUCGCCGCCUUCCUGAUCCUUGAGUUCGGCGUCAUCUUUCACUCGGUUAUAAUCGGUCUCAAUCUGGGAGUUGUCGGAGAUGAGUUCUCCACGCUGUACCCGGUCCUCGUCUUCCAUCAGUCCUUCGAAGGUCUCGGUAUCGGCGCCCGCAUGUCUGCCAUCCCCUUCCGCAAGGGCAGCUGGCUCCCCUGGGUGCUCUGUGCCCUGUAUGGCUUGACUACGCCUAUCUCUGUGGCGAUCGGUCUCGGACUCAGGACCACGUACAACUCGGGUUCCUUCACGGCCAACGUGGUCUCCGGUGUGCUCGAUGCCAUUUCCGCCGGUAUCCUGAUCUACACCGGCCUGGUGGAAUUGAUGGCCCGGGACUUCCUGUUCGAUCCUCACCGCACCCAAGACAACAAGCGCCUGACUUUCAUGGUCCUCUGCAUGUUGUUCGGUGCUGGUAUCAUGGCUUUGAUCGGCAAAUGGGCCUGAGUUGGUGGUCGAUAUAAUACUUUGGUUCUUGAUAAUUAGGUAAAAGCGUGCUUGGGAUUUUCGGUUUGGAAAAAAAGGCUAGUGCAUGGGGAAAAAGGCCUCGGUUGUUUGGUUUCUGGGCUUACGGUUUUACAAUUUGUCCGUGUUUGAAGCAUAUAUCCAUACGCUCUCCUCUUUCGUUUUCAUGUGGUCAUAUCUUG